CCUCUUCUGUUUUCUUCUUCUCUUGAUACUUCUCCCACUAACAACACAUAUAUAUACAUACAAAAUAAAUAUACAUAUCUCUCUCUGUUGUAGAAAUUUCCCAGAUUCUUUGGAAGCCCACUCAUUGCUGCCGCUGAUCCACUGUUUCAAGAUAGCUGCAUAACAAGGCUCAGAAUUUAGUUUUCGGUCAAGUGAUUGUUUUCCAAAGAUGAAUGCUAUUUGUUGCUGUCAAUGUGGUGAUGACUUUGAAGAAUUUCCAACUAAUGCUUUAUAUAGACACUGCCUCUGUUUAAGAUUCUUUUUCCACCAAUUAUUUACCGGGUAUGGUGCAUUGUUUCAGCGGAUUGAAGGACUGCCUGUAUCGUCACCUAUCCAAGGAACUGCUUCAUCUUCAAAUGUUGGUUUCUCGCUACCGACUUCUUUGAAUGAUGAAAACAUGGCAAGACCUUUACCUUAUGAUGCCGAUAUUAGAUUCACACGCUUGCAACGUGGCCUUGUGUCUAGACGUGAGAAAUCAAUGACUCAUUUUCAAGAGGAUUCACAAUCUGGUUUGGAGUUUUCAGAUUUUGCUAAGAGAAGGUCUGGUAUUGAUCCUACAGAUCAAGAUUCUAAUAGCGCUAAUUUAGAGUCCUUAGAGAACUCUUUGAAAGUAAAAGCCUCAGAAAGUUUACUAUACGAGCAAACUUCGGAUAGUGAAGAUGUUUGUCCAACAUGUCUUGAUGAGUAUACUUUGGAGAAUCCUAAAAUUGUGACCCAGUGCUCCCAUCAUUUUCACCUUGGCUGUAUAUAUGAAUGGAUGGAAAGAAGUGACACUUGUCCAAUGUGUGGCAAGGUAAUGGAGUUUUGUGAAACCCCUUAGUUGCUCCUGGAGUUUGGCUAUAGAGUAAAAGAAGUUACAUUUAAAUGAGGCCAUGAUGUCAAUAAUAAAAUGAAGUAUUAUAAAAUCAAGUUUACUUAAAUCUAACCAACAGAACCAGGCUUGUCUUAUUUUAUGGUACCUGUAUUUUCAAAGCUCAACGUGUUACUAUUAUUUGUAAUGAGUGGUCGAGUGUGCUCCACUUUCUUAUAAA